CCUUUGCGCGAGGAGUGGGAGGGAGGAGGAGGAGGAAGCGGCUCGCGCUGGCCGGUGCCGCCGCAGCCUCGUUAGGGCUGGAUGGAUCUGUUCGGGGACCUUCCGGAGCCAACUCCUCCGGCAGUGGCAGCUAUAGAGAAAGAGGGACAGAAAGGAUCUUUGCUUUUUGAUGAUCUUCCUCCAGUCAGCAACACUGAUUUGGGGAACAUUUUUAGAUGGAGCAUCUUCAGAAAUACAUCUUAUGGGGGGACGGCCAUUGGUUGCUGGAAUGUUUUGCACAGAGAAGAUCCCAGUUUCUUUUCCAGGGGCAGGAGGUUCUUUGCUAUUUGAUGACCUCCCACCUGCCAGCAGUGACAACUCAGCUUCUCAUCCCACAGAGCAAGUUUCUCUUCCUGUGAGUUAUGGGAAGGGAGAGAAGAGGAAGUCCAGUGAAGGAGAGAAGAAUGGGAGUGAAGAACUUGUGGAAAAGAAAGUUUGUAAAGAUUCUGCAGGUAUUCUUGGUCUGAAGGGUUAUGUGGCAGAGAGGAAAGGUGAGCGAGAAGAGAUGCAAGAUGCCCAUGUCAUUCUCAACGACAUCACAGAAGAGUGCAGCCCCUUGUCCUCUCAAAUAACCCGUGUCUCGUAUUUUGCUGUUUUUGAUGGCCAUGGAGGAGUUAGAGCUUCAACAUACGCUGCACAGAAUCUGCAUCAAAACCUGAUCAGAAAGUUUCCUAAAGGAGAGGUGCCCAGUGUGGAGAAAGCAAUAAGGAGAUGCCUUUUGGACACUUUCAAACACACAGAUGAGGAAUUCCUCAAGCAGGCUUCCAGCCAGAAACCUGCUUGGAAAGAUGGUUCCACGGCAACCUGUGUGCUGGUGAUUGAUAAUACUCUGUACAUUGCCAACCUUGGAGACAGUAGGGCAAUUCUGUGCCGUUACAAUGAAGAGACUCAGAAGCACACAGCUUUAAGUCUUAGUAAAGAACAUAAUCCAACUCAGUAUGAUGAACGGAUGAGGAUCCAAAAGGCUGGAGGCAAUGUCAGAGAAGGACGUGUUCUGGGUGUCCUGGAGGUCUCCCGCUCCAUUGGGGAUGGACAGUACAAGCGAUUUGGGGUUGUCUCUGUGCCGGAUGUCAAACGCUGUCAACUUACACACAAUGACAGAUUUAUCCUAUUGGCCUGUGAUGGUCUCUUUAAAGUCUUUUCACCAGAAGAAGCUGUGAACUUCAUCAUGUGUUGUUUGGAGGACAAACCUAUUCCAGCAAGAGAUGCCAAAUCAACCAUGGAUCUGAGGUAUGAAGCAGCCUGUAACAGGCUGGCCAACAAAGCAGUUCAGCGAGGAUCAGCAGAUAAUGUCACUGUGGUGGUGGUCCGGAUUGAACAAUGAUAGCAAAAUAUUUGCAAGGCAGAUCCGUAGCAGCAUGCAGCGAAUUUAAUAGAACACAUUAGUGUGUUUGUGAAAAUGUGCGCGUGUGUAGGAUUUUAUGGAUUUUCCCCCAUAUGCUUAUUUGUAAAUAAAGGGUUUUUUUUCUAAGCA